AUGCGGGUCAAUGACGGUGCAAGCAUGGAAGAGCACUUCUUCAGGACCAGGUUUGGUAAUGGCACGAACUGCAUUGAUCACAACGAAUGUCAGGCGGACAGCCAUGCGUGCCAUCCUAAUGCCACGUGCUCCAACACGGUGGGAGGUCAUAAUUGCUCAUGUGACUCAGGUUACGAAGGUCCAGGUACCUGCUGUUCAGAUGUGGACGAGUGUGCACGGGGUCUUCACGACUGUUCGUCGGAUGCCACUUGUCAGAACAACAUUGGUAACUUCAGUUGUUCAUGUAAUUCAGGAUACAAGGGUAAUGGAAAGAGUUGUGUGAAUGUUGUGGAGUGCCUGAAAUCACCGUGUGACGAGAAUGCCAACUGCACGGACACCGUUGGAAGUUUUACUUGUGCAUGUAAACAUGGUUAUACCGGAACAGGAAAGUUCUGUGGGGACAUGGAUGAAUGCUCAACUGGCGUUCACAACUGCCAUUCUGAUGCUAUCUGUAGCAACAGUGCAGGAAACUUUACUUGCAGUUGCAAGAAUGGGUUCUCUGGCAAUGGAGAGACAUGCGAAGACAAGGAUGAAUGUGGUGGAUCUGUACCAGUGUGCAGUGUAAUCUCUGAAUGUCACAACGUUCCUGGUUCUUUCCGUUGUAAUUGCAGUACUGGCUACUUGAAGGAUGGAAAAUCUUGCGUGGAUAUCGAUGAAUGUAACGGGACGAACUGCACUGAUCACAACGAAUGUCAGAAUGGCGGUCAUGAUUGCCAUGACAACGCGAUGUGCUCCAACACGGUGGGAGGUCAUAAUUGCUCAUGUGACCCAGGUUAUGAAGGUCCAGGUACCUACUGUUCAGAUGUGGACGAGUGUGCACGUGAUCUUCACGACUGUUCGUCGGAUGCCACUUGUCAGAACAACAUUGGUAGCUUCAGUUGUUCAUGUAACUCAGGAUACAAGGGUAAUGGAAAGAGUUGUGUGAAUGUUGAGGAGUGCCUGAAAUCACCGUGUGACGAGAAUGCCAACUGUACGGACACCGUUGGAAGUUUUACUUGUGCAUGUAAACAUGGUUAUACCGGAACAGGAAAGUUCUGUGUGGACAUAAAUGAAUGUUCGAGUUCCAAGGACAACAUGUGUCACAGUGAUGCAACAUGUUCAAACAAAAAGGGUUUCUACAAUUGUACAUGUAAUAGUGGUUUUCACGGCGAUGGCAUAAACUGCACAAACAUCCGUGAAUGUUCCAAUUCAUCAACCUGCACCUCGAACUCUAGCUGCACAGAUAAUGUCGGUUCGUAUACGUGCAAGUGCGAUAGUGGUUUCUCAGGUGAUGGGAUUUCGUCAUGUUCUGAUGUGGACGAGUGUUUGGUGAUAACCUCUUGCCAUGCUGAUGCAAUCUGCACGAACAGUGAGGGAAAGUUUGAUUGCAGUUGCAAAACUGGUUACAGUGGAGAUGGACAGCAGUGUACUGAAAUAGAUGAAUGCUCAACUGGCGCUCACAACUGCCAUUCUGAUGCUAUCUGUAGCAACAGUGCAGGAAACUUUACUUGCAGUUGCAGGAAUGGUUACUCUGGCAAUGGAGAGACAUGCCAAGACAAUAAUGAAUGUGGUGGAGCUGUACCAGUGUGCAGUGUAAACUCUGAAUGUGACGACGUUCCUGGUUCUUUCCGUUAUAACGGCACGGACUGCAUCGAUCACGACGAAUGUCAGAAUGGUGGCCAUGAUUGUCAUGACAACGCUAUGUGCUCCAACACAGCGGGAGGCCAUAAUUGCUCAUGUGACCCAGGUUAUGAAGGUCCAGGUACCUACUGUUCAGAUGUGGACGAGUGUGCACGUGAUCUUCACGACUGUUCGUCGGAUGCCACUUGUCAGAACAGCAUUGGUAACUUCAGUUGUUCAUGUAAUUCAGGAUACAAAGGCUAUAAUAGAGAAGAUGAGGAGUCCAAAGACUAUUCGAUAAUGUAG